UGGGCUUGAUUGAAACCCCCCUGACAAAAUUACUCGACAAUGUUGUCAAAUUGUAAUACAGGUUGGAACAUUUCACAUCUCAAUCUUGUCGAGUGGUGACGCGUGAACGACGUCAACCAAAGAUCAGUAUUGGUUCACAUUUAUGUGCCAUCUCUGAAUAUUAAGUCGCCAUUUGUUUGAUGCAUCAAGAUCCCGGAGAGUGGAGCAUUGGUUCACCACGACUCCAACUGGAAGCAUCUUUGGGCUGCACCAGAAAACCCCCGUACAGCUCCCUCGCCAGGUCUCACAGGGAUCCGUGUUUUGCAUCGCUCCUCAAUUUGCAUUUCUUCCUCAGAUUUUCCGUGCGACGCUCGAAACCAGCGGGCGCUCCACGGCUCUGUACGUGCGCCUCCAUUUCCAAAGCAAUACGCGCAGAGAUAAAACACCUCUGGAUAUUUUUUGAAUAAUGUUGCCUAAGCUCACAAGAGGGGAAAUUGAGGACAUUUUGAGUUGACUGUUAUUUCUGUUGCGUACCUACGGAGACAGACACGUGUCUUCGGGGUAAACAGAAAGGGCUAGAUCGUGUCAGCAGAUAGCUUUGUGUUUUUCCUUCACCACUUUUGUUUGUUAUAGACGACCGGGUUGAAGCUUGGCAACGAGCUUUACAUUACAGUCUGUGCGCCUUGGUGAUUAAGACGCAUUUGGAGAUGUCGGAAGUGCUGCCUUUCAACGAAGACAAAAUGAGUCAUUAUGGAAAUGAGGGCGAUGAGGGACACCUUUCCUUCACCUGUCGUCUUCAAGACACCAACAACUUCUUCAAUGGAUCUCAGAACAAACGUCCGCCGAAACUCGGACAAAUAGGAAGGAGCAAACGGGGUAAUUAUAUAAUUAAGGCGUUUUUCGUUAGUAAGUUGAUGUGUUGAAUGCGCACAUAGGAUACUAGUGGAUCAUAAUUAAGGAUGGCUCCGUGUGAAGGCAUAAAGGCAACACCUUUGCCUUGACUUUGUUCUCCAGCUUAACAUCAAAGACAUUACCUUUUGUUUGCAUGCGUCUGGGAUGUAUGUGCUUUUAAAUAUUCUAUUCGCAUUGCAACACAAGUUGGAUGCGCAUUGCGUGCUGUUAAAUGCCUUGUGAAUACUGCUUAACAGAGUUGUGCUAAAUGUCCCCUCCC